AGAUGUUAUUGUUGCUUCGCUUCCGCCUUCGGUGUUUCUCGCCUUGUCAUGUGGACGUCAAACUGACGGACUUCGGGGUUCAAAUCUCCUCGGCGACUUGUUCCAGAAAUCUCUACCGGGGAUCCGGAGACUCUUCCUGAGGCCGUUGCGAAAGGCUGAGAGCCGGUGGGAGCGAUGGCGGACGGGGAACGGUCGCCGCUGCUGUCCGAGCAGCACGACGGGACCAACGGCUUCUCUCCCGGGGGCAGCUCGCAUGGAUAUCCGUCUAAACCACAGAGUUUAGCACCGUUCCCCAGCUUGGUGGCACCGAGUGAUCCUCCACCGCCGUACUCGCCGCAGGGCAGCCCGGACAGCAGCAGCGCCCCGGUCAUCAGCUGUCGGGUCUGUCAGAGCGCCAUAUCUGUGGAGGGCAAGACGCACCAGCACGUGGUGAAGUGCAGCAUCUGCAACGAAGCUACGCCGAUAAAGAACGCUCCCGUCGGAAAGAAGUACGUCCGCUGUCCGUGCAACUGUCUGCUGAUCUGCAAAGUCACGUCGCAGAGGAUCGCCUGUCCGAGACCGUACUGUAAACGCAUCAUCAACCUGGGACCAGUUCACAUCGGGAGGGACAGUCCUGAACCGCAGCAUCAGCCCGUCGGCAUCAGGGUCAUCUGCGGACACUGCUCCAAUACAUUCCUGUGGACGGAGUUUUCAGACCGGACCUUGGCUCGAUGUCCACACUGCAGAAAAGUCUCUUCCAUUGGUCAGCGGUAUCCAAGGAGGAGGAGCCUGCUGUGUUUCCUGCUGUUCGUAGUCCUCGCUGUCUCCACUGCAGGACUCCUGGUUGGUACGUGGAAGCCCGCCCAGCAGUCUAAAGGGAUCUACGUGUCGUGGGUGCUGCUGAUCCUGCUCGCUCUGUUCACCAUGGCAAGAACCAUCUACUGGAGGUGUCUGAAAAUCAGCGACCCCAUAUCCAACGUCACGUAGACAGACGAGAGAGAGAGAGAGGGAAGGAAGGAAGGAAGGAGGGAAGGAAGGAAGGUGAGAGGGCUGGUGUAGGAAGAGAGGGAAGCAGUAGGUGAUAGAAACUGUUGUCAUUGUGGCGAGGAGCGAAUGCCAGAGUCGACUGCACAAAGAGGCCUUUUGCUAAAAUCAUGGAGAGGAAGGGAGGGAACAACAGAUGAAGAGGAGGGGUGAAGAGAGAAGAAAGGUGAAUUUAACACAUUACAAAUACUCCACAUUCAUGUCAGGAUAGAUUUACUGCGUAUAUAUGAGCUGCCAGUCGUCAAAAAAGUUGAUUACUAGUGCGACAUAGAGGCUUCUAUUAAUCGUCAGAACGUGGCGUUUGCAAAGAGGUCGGGCAGACAAAUGGAAGAAAAAAACGAUAGAUGGAUGAUAGGAAGACGUGUUUAAAAUAUUCCUUUUUGACCCAGUAGUUUUCUUCUGUGUUGGACUAAUAUGUUUUUUGAAAGCCUGAUGCUGCUAUGUUUUUAUUGAAGCUGCCAGUAGCUGUUCUUCUGCCACACAUAUCCAUUUUGUGAUUUCUGCUCCCCCCGCAUCAGAAGGGUUCAGUGUUUCCUCCAGGAUGAUGAUGUGAACGCCCCCCUCAAACAACAUUAAGACCAAAACAGGACAAGAAAACUAACAAACAACUGGUUUAUUGAUCGAGUCUGACUUAAAGAAGGCAGGUGUCACAUGAAAUGGUAACUGAGCAGUGUUGGAGGGAAGAAACAAGACGAGCUUAUGUUUGUUAUUUUAAAAAUGAAAUUCAGUCCAACCUUUGAUUUAACUCUUCUCUUCUUGUUCGUUUGUCCAACUGAAGAGUUUUGUUUCAAACUAUCACUGAAUCCAACAGGACGGCUUCAAAGAUGAUCCAAACAAGAAAAUAAAUCUAAGUGAUCUUCCAUUUUCUGAAGGGACAAGUUUGACAUUUGGGAUGGAUGUUCUCUUUGCUGCCACCUCAGAUUACUCUUGUGUAGGUUUUCCUCUGGAAGACUGGGGUCCAAUCUCAAUGAGGAGAACGAGAAUGUAUUAAAAACACCAGGUGUAAAUGAAAAGGCAAGAUUGGAUUGUUUAUUAUCUGGAUAAUGAAGCUGGAUACAAAUCAGAUUCCAGGUGUAAAUAGGGUGCAAUAAUUAGUUUUAUUGGUACAGAAAGUGAAGUUUAAUGUAAUUCCUUUACCUGAUACUCCAGCCGUUAGUUUCAGGUCACAUGGAUUCAUGUUAUAUUUGAAAUAAAACUCUUCAGUGAAUCAGUAUUUGAAAUUUGGGCUGAGUCAUUUCCAAACCAGGUGGCAUUACAUUAUUUAACACAGGGAAAAAAACAUCAGAGAAUGGGAACAGAUGGCAGAAAUGAACGGCCAUCGCAACAGGUUUUUUUACUUUCUGCAGAGCAUCAAUGAGCAGGUGAAUCAAACAUCCACUCACUAAAUAUACUUCUCACCAACCACCAAGUACUAAAACUAUCUCAGUAAGUGCACAUAUAUAAAGAACCACGUUUGGUUUUUGUUUAAGGCAUUUUUCUUUAAAAGGCAAGUUUCAAAUAAGUUUACUGAAGAAUUAUUAGUAUUAUUAUUUAAAAGACACUGUAACAAUGUAAAGAGAAUUUUUGAAAAAGAUAAAAAGCAAAAACAUCAACAUAAAGCUGAAUAGACAGGCAUUAACUGAGAGUAAGCGGCAUCAUUUCUUCUUUCUUUAAAUGUUUUUGAAGUCGGUUUUGUAGCACGUCAGAUCAUCUUACACGGGAUUUGGGAAAUUGGAUUUGCUUAUUUUGCUUCAUCAGCUGCUGAUUGAAAAUUAUUCAUGUGAAAGAAACUCAAAAGUUCUGGGUUGGAAAAACGAUAACAUAUUCUGCUAAAUGCUUUUUAACACAAACCCAAAAUUACAGUUUCUUUUUUCUCUGACUCACUGAUAUGAAUCACUUGAAGCACACACGGGGGGAAUGAUUUAUUUAUUUAUCCUUUUUGUUUUUAAUUCUGAUGCAUAUCUCGUGUGAAUCAAACUAAAUUCAGCUGACACACUAGUAAAACCUGUUAGAGUGUCUCUGUCUGUUAAAGUGUAAAUAUAUUCAGUGGAUGUUGAUUAUUUCGAACUGUACAGAAUUGUCGGGGCUAUUGCUUCUCCCUUGUGGCUGAUUAAUGUAAGUACCCACUGACUGUGAAACAUGUUGCACUACAUUGUACUGAUGUACUACUACUGUAUGGUUUUGUCAAUGUUAUUUCGGUGGAUGGAUUGUUUUUUGGUUUUUUUUUGUAUAUUGUGGAACAAAGUAAUACUUUUAACCAGG